GGUGCUGCCUCUGGUUGGGUGUGAUGCCGCAGGUAACGCCGGGGCAACAGGUGCAUUGUGAGCUCUGCAAGUGUCCCCCAUCAGCCCGGAGAUGCCAGCAUGAAGCGCUUCGCAAAUCCGCUCCUCAGGCACAUAAUUCACAGGGGCAGCUUCGAUGCUGCUUCCAAGAAGCAGUGCCUGCAGUAUUUAAGAUCUCUGAGGGCGCUGCAGCUUAAUGGUUUCAACACCAUUUUUUUAGGUGAAACAGAUAUUCCAGAAAGUCUUGUAACAGGAGAAAACACAGGCGAGGUGGCUGGCCUGCGCUGGCCAGUGUGGACAGUUGUUCACGCUGGCAGCAGCCAAGGGUGGGUGCCCUGGAGGUACAGACUGCUGUUAAAAGGUGAUCUGCCCAUACAUCCACAGAACAGUGUCUUUCAGGAGUUGUGUGAUUCUCUGACCAUCUCCUAUGGGAAGUGUGUAAUUGUGAUGAGAGACAACAAGCAGCCAAUGCACAUGGGAGCAAAAGAUGGCAAGGAGUUGGAGAUGGAAACUCAGCCACCCGUCCCACCAGUGAUCUGCAUGUCUGGCAUUGAGUGUUGCCCUGAAGUUGCUAGAGCCAAUGGCCAUGAGCUUCUUGUUGUGCCUUCGUCUUACAACUAUCUCUACCCUAUGGAUGUCGCCUGGUCUUCUUUGAAAUGGUUUAUUAUAAACAACAGGAAUGACUUUGGCCUGAGGUCUAUUGAGCAGACCCACUCCUACAGGUGUAUCCUCUUCAGUGACUUGAUUGUUAAAGGAAUAGAGAAGAUGACUCCAACCAAAUGGAGGAUGGUGAUUAACAGAGUGAAGCGAUGGGAGAACUACUACCUUGACACUCUUUCUUAAAUGGUUCUUCCUGCAGUCAGGCUUCAAAUGGUGUCGAAUGAAUUAUCCUGUUCCACCUCUGCUGAGCCCUUCCCUUUGAAUGGUGUAAAGCUAAUAAAAAUACAUGUCAAUAGCACCAAUAAAAGAGAUAAUUCUAAAUCCAAAUGUAUCAUUUUAGGUGUAUUCCAGGAUUAGUUUGAUAUGUCCUACGCUUACACCAGGAAGGGGCAGUUAAUUUGAUUAAUCAC